AUGUAUAUCCUUAGUUAUACAGUUGAAAAGGGAUAUAGACUAACUCCUUUAAUGGUCACUUUCUGCACGGGAACAUUUUCCGAUAUUGAUAUACGCCGGCUAAUAGAAUUGGGUCUCCACAUAAUCAGAUUUGAAAUAUCAAACGUCACGAGUGGAGAUAAAAUAAAAUUGCUCUCAAUGUUGGAGUCCGCUGUCAAGUACUGCUGCGUUAAGUUCGAGGUGUCCACUUGGCCGAUCGCCGCUUCUAUAGAUUUGCCCCACUUCUGUAUUAGAACUGGACGUUUGAGUGCGGGCCCUAAGGAGCGAUUCAUAAAGGGGAAUAUUGUCGAAUUGACAUCAAAUAUAAAAUUUUGUGACAGUUGUUCUAAAAGCAAAAUAUUCAUAGACGAUCACAAAAUAUUGAACAAAGUUAAAGAAGGAACUGAAGUAACAUUAAACCCUGGGUAUAUCAGCUUAAUUUGCACAGACGUUGUAGAUUUUCAAACAAUUAAAUGCAAAGUAAUAAAGGAAGGUGUAUUGGGCAACUAUGAAUAUGUUUGCUUUCGUGGAGUACCCCGUGAAGUACCUGUAGAUCUAAGUCAAGUUGACUUGGAACUAAUACAAUUUGCUAAAGAAUUUAAUCUAAACAUCAUAACAAUAAAUGUUGUUCAUAGUCCAAUAACCCUAAAUAAGGUGAGAGCAUUGUACCCAAGUACCGAAGCACCACUGUUGUUCAGCACCAUAUGUGACCAAGAAGGACUAGAUAACAUUGAUGAUAUAAUUGAGGAAUCUGACGGAAUUAUAUUGGCUAGAGAAUUACUUGCAUUUCAUAUACCAUCUAUGCAUCGAAUGCAUGCAAUACAAUUACACAUUGGUGCAAAAUGUCGAAAGUCAGGAAAACCAUUCUUCAUAUCUGGAAAUAUUCUCGAAAGGACUUUGCAAGAUGGGAAGAUAUCACUCAGCGAUUUAUCGGAUAUUAACAAUGCUGUCGCUUAUCGUGCGGGGUUCGUUCUUCAAAAUUAUCGCGAUACUGAUCACUUGAUCCAGGCUGUGAAGAUUUUUGAUACACUGUGUCGAUCUGUGGAAUAUAGAACCAGGGAUAUAGAAUUUUGGCAUGCAUCAAGCGAAAAUAAAAUACCCGUCAACAAUGCAGUAGCUUGUGCAAUUGGCUGUGCCAUAGCAGCAAGACAAAUGAGAGCGUUAGUAAUAAUUGUACCAACUGUUAGUGGUAAAACGGUUGUACAGCUUACACGUAUCGUAACAGACAAAAUCAUAAUAGCUGUUAGCUCCAAACCAACUAUUGCUAAAAAAUUACAAAUGUAUUAUGGAGUAUUUCCAUUAUUAUAUGAUGAAAAGGCAAACAAAGAUUGGGAACAAGAAAUGACAGCACGCAUUAAAUUCGCUGUAUCCUAUGGCAUAAAGCACAAAUUGCUGAAAUAUGAAAGCAAGUAUGUUGUCCUUAGAAAAUCCAAUGCAAAAAGCUCAUAUGCCGACACUAUUAAUAUCUGUACGGCAACUCUUGAUGCCCAAAUAAGCGUAGUUGAUGUACAGAAAAUGCUUCAAGCUGGAAUGAAUAUAGCUCGAUUUCAAUUGUCAAAUAGUACUAGAGGUGACAAAAUGCGUCUGCUGGCCAAAAUUGACAAAGCUGCACGAUUCUGUUGCGAGAAGAACGACGUAAAUAACUGGCCUGUCGCUUCGUGUUUUACAUUAAAAACUUGUGUUGCAAAAACAGGCCUCUUGGAAGACAAUGAAGAUUUUAUCACCUUGGUGGCGAAUACUGAAAUAAUUUUAUUUUACGACGUCAAACGCUUUGACAAAUGCAAUGAAAGAAAGAUUUUUGUGGACUAUCCUUUGAUUGCAGUCGAUAUUAAAGUGGACACAGUAAUUUCAAUAGCCUUCGAUGAAAUUAUCUUGAAAUGUAUAAGUAUAGUUGAUGAAAUUUCUAUAAAAUGUAUCGUUAUUAAGGGUGGAAUGCUGACUAGUUUGUGUGUUUUAAACGCUAGGAACACAAAACGAUCAGGACCACUUGUGACCAAAAAAGACUUAGAAAUGGUGCAAUUAGCUUUAGAUUAUCAGGUAGAUGCUGUAUUAAUAAACUAUACCAGGCAUUCUGAUACUGUUAAAAUAAUUAAGAAAUUUAUAAAAUCUAAAAAUGUCAGAAACCCAUUAAUAUUAUCUGGUAUAAGUUGCGAAGAAGGAUUACAAAAUAUUGAUGAUAUAAUCAAGGAAAGCGAUGGAAUUAUUUUAUCACGACAGUACCUACCGUAUGAAAUGGAAUCCUGUAAACAAUACAAAAUGCCUCAAAUACAAAAAUGGCUUGCUGGAAAAUGUUUGUCAGCCGGCAAACCUCUGUUUAUUUCUGGUGGGGUUUUCAAUGAAGCACUCAAAAGUGGUAAUUUUAAUAACAAUGAAAUAGCAGAUGUAACAAAUGCAUUAAUGGAUGGAGUCAGCGGAUUCAUUCUUGGAGAAUGUUAUAACCCAGAUAACAUAAUAGAAGCAUUGCGAGGUAUAAACGAGUUAUGCUUCACUAUUGAACCAUUGGUUACGAGCAAGAUAUGUUUUAAGAGGAUCAUUGAAGAGGUUAAGAUGCCAGUAAAUGCCGCUGAAGCAACAGCGAUGUCUUGCGUUGCCGUAGCAAAUCAAACGAAUGCUCGUGUGAUCAUAGUUCCCACUGUCACCGGCAAGACGCUCAGAUACCUGCUCUGGAUGCGACCGUCCUGUCUCAUUAUAACAGUUAGCACUGACAUCCACAUCACGCGCUACCUUAUAUCCUACAGAAGUGUUAUGCCACUAUUGUAUACUGGUUCUCAAAAAGGUAGCUGGCGUCUUAAUAUGGAAGCACGCAUUUUAUUCGCCCUUGAAUAUGCAGUCAAAAGAAACUGGCUAGAGUACGGCGACACAUACAUUAGUUUGCAAAGAUAUUCUGACUCUAGUUCUUUUUGUGAUAGCGUCAGCAUCUGUAAAGUGAGCAUCAGCAAGAAAUCUUUAGUCGAGUGAGUAAAGAAAACGUUCUAGAACAAUCCCUUUUUAUUCUUACAAACUAGCGGACGCCCGCGACUUCGUCCGCGUGAAACUCGAUGUAAACUUUCAACUACCCCUACCCUACCCCGACAAUAUUGAUUUGUAGUACAUGAUAAGUAUCAGAGAUGGCGCUGUAUGUGAAAAAAGAUUUUCCCGCUUUUCUGUUGAAAUUUUUCCUGAAUUUUCUUUGCUAUAAACCUCACGGAGCCCGAGACCUUUCCAACGAAUGCAAAACCGUGGAAAUCGGUACGUGCGAUCUGGAGUUAUAGCGUCAGGAAGGAAAAUCCGACUUAUUUUUAUAUAGUAGA